AAAUAGCCCACCCUCGCUGGACCCAAAUGAAGUUUCCAGAUAAUCUGUAUAAACUCAAAGACUCAACCCUCUACUAGAUCAGCAUCCAAACAGGACCAAUUGCCGACAAUGAAGCUCGCAAUUCUAGCAGCCUUGUCUACUCUCGCUUGCGCAGCUUCUCAAAACUAUUUCGUUGGCGGCCUCUCAUACGGCGACCAGUUCACAGUCGCUCGUCGCGCCAAAGUAGCCCCAACCCUCUACAGACCCAAGAAGAACCCCAACGUUCUGGCCCUCGCUCCAAAGCCGCCUGGGACAUUCCUCGGUUCCAAGAUCUCCUUUGCAUGCGUGACGGACCAGAAAGGCAAGACGGUGCCUGUUGACUGUACCGUUUUGUUCGAGGGCACGCAGAACAACGAUCUAGGGAUUCCGAAGAUCCAGACGGCGAAAUACACUAGCACGCCCCGACUGCAGAGAGUGGAUUUUGAGGGGUUUACGGACUUAAGGACGUUGGGAUUUACUGUCUCCAAGGCUGGGGAGGAUGAUAAGUUGAGUCAGGAUGUUACGUUGAUUUUGGAUAACUUUGGGUAUGUUGUCAACUCGAAGUAG